GCAACUUGGACUUGAAUCACACUUGAGUUCAGCCUCCCCAGGUCCUCACCUGCACGGUGAGGGGAAUUCGGGCUUCUGGGAGUCAACACAAGGGAUGUAGCGGGCUCUUGGCACAGAUCAGGAGCUUGGAGGGUGUGGGUCAGUUUCUGCCAUGGGCCAGGCCUGGAGUCCGUGCAGGGCCCCUGUGCAUGCCCAGGCCCCCGCACAUCUCCCCAGAGGGCUGCCCGAUGUUGUAGUGAAGGGCACUGAUGACAGGUAACACUGUGUGCUAGCCUAAUGCGACUCUGGACACACUGAAGAUUUCACAAUGUUUUCAUUCACAAACACAAACAGAAGAGCCUUACGUUAUACUCAAAGCGGUGUGCCCAGGUGCCAUGAGGUCAGGGGGACCCUGGGGGUGUACUGAUGCAGCAGAAAACAUUGGGCCAGACCUCAGGGUGCUGGACAGUGUCCAGGCAGCUCCCACCUUAUUCACUCCAGUGCUUUGGGCAAACUCUUCCCCUCUGCAAUCUUCAGUUUCCCCAUCUGGAAAAUGAUGGACUGUACCAGCUUCCUGAGUUGAGGUCCUCUGAGGAUGAGGGCUUUUCUUCCGUGACCAGACGGACGUCCCUGACAAGGGUCCUAAAGCACAGCACCCCAGAGGGAGCUGCCCCCAGCUGGCACUCAGAGCUACUGGGCGAUGUCCCCUCACGCCAGGAAGGGGGCUCUGCAGGCGGGUCCCCACUGCCUGUGCGCUCCCCCUGGGACCUCCCUUCAUCCCCGGGAGAGCUCAGCCCCAAGGCCCCCCUCAGAAAGAGGCGGCUUUCCACCAUCCGGGCCUCUGAGGUGUCCAGUGGGCAGCUAGGAUCCAACUCGGACCCCUUUGCGCUGGAGGAAGAGCCACCCGUGCCAGCCUCGGUCACCCGGCGGCGGCAGCAGCAGCAGCGCAGGUCCCCCCGAGCAAGGAGAUCGCCACCAAACCCGGGAUUGCCCGGGAUCCCAAACACAGCCAGGAGGAGGCCACGGGACCUGAAGAGACUGGCUGCUGCGACAGAGCGGCUGAGGCAGUGGGAGAUCCAUCAGCUUCAGAGCAUCGAGGAGGCCACCCAGCACGAACUCACCAUCGAAGACGACUGAGUGCUCAGCCCCGGGACCGGGACGCAGCUGUGCUCGGGAGCUCCUGCUGUGGCCUGACUUACUCAUCUGUCCAUCCGACUGUCUGUCUGUCAACCCCACACCUUCCUCAGGACUUGCUCUGGGUCCAACCUUGACCUCCGUUGCACCUCUGGGUGGGUUGGGAGGAACUGGCGUAUGAUCUUGUUACUCAGAUUCCAAAUGUGGCUUUCAGAGGCGCCAACUGAGAUGAGGGGAUAGAGGAAGUAGGUACAGACAGGUGAGGUGGAUGCCCCAGGGUCACCCUGGAGGUACCCGGAGAUGAGACGUAACCCAUCUGCCCUGUCUUCUUCCCCAGCACCGCCAGAUGAGCCUGAGAUGCUGGGAUGACACAAUGUAGGGAAUAGGACCAAGUUUCACAGGUAAAUACCAAGGAGCUAGGCAGCCCACCCAGCUGGAGAGGACAGGGUCUUAGACUGCCACUCCAGGAAAGGCCAAAACAGUGGCUCUCAACUGGAGGGCAUUCUGAGACUUUGUGGUUGCUGGUUUGUUUAGGGUAUUGGGGGGCGGGGUGAGGAAUUUAAACCCCUGCAGUUGUGCGGGGCUGUCUCCUGUCCCGUCCUUCUCUAGAACUGAGCUCUCUACCUCACUGCUUAGGAUAAAGAUCCCACGAAAGGGCUGGAGGUUUCUGUGACCCUCAUACUGUAAGGGAAAAAAACAACGGGUGCCCAGGUCACUUCAGUCAGCAUAGCCCGGCAUCAGCGUCCCAGGUCCAGGCAUUUCUGAGACACGUCUGUUAGUGGACCCGUUGUGAUUAUGAAUACAGAGCUAGAUUUUAUCCUUGUAAAUGCUUUCACACCACCCCUCCACUUUAAAAGUGGUUUUUUUCUUCCUUCUAAAAACCAAAAACGCUUACGUUUCCAGUGCCAUCGUGUGCUGCCUCCGCAGCCCAUCCUCCAGGCCAGUCAUCCGUGACCUGGGUCUUCUCAGGGACGCAGAUAAAGCCUAUUGCUAGAGCAGAGUCCAACCGGGCACCCUAAACAGAGCCUCAGGCUGGCCUGAAACGACAGGAGGCGGCAGAUUCCAAGGGACGGCAAGGUUGAGGAUGGUCUAAGAGAGAGGGAAGAGUCUUACUCUGGAGCUGCUGGGUGGGUGGAGGGCAUUCUAGAUCAGAAAGAUGCUCCCUGGAAGAGACUUCAUUUGUGUGGAGGUUUUGAAUAAAGAAGGAAUGAACGGGAUUCCUCACAGGGGAUUAGAUGCAGGCUGAGGGCUGCAAUUAUUGGGAUAGUUGCUUCAAAUUUCCUCUGUUGAUAUUCUUAUAUAUGCUGGCAAGAACUUAUUUACUGUGUAGUGUGUUUAAACAUUUAAGUUUUAUGAGCUACUCUCUCCUUUACAAGCUGACUAUUCGACUUGUUCACUUUUCCUUUUUUAUAACAAUUACCAGAGCAUAAAAUAGUUCAUACUUUUGUGUUACAUUUGAAAAAUUAAGAAGCAGAAAAACUACCUAUAAUUGCAAUACCAUGGAGAUUAAAUACUUCAGUGUAAUUCCUUCCCGUCUUUGUCAUUAAAAAUAAACAAUUUUCACGAGAACUGUUCCCAAAGUCUGUGUCUGAUAUA